AUGUCUUCCAGCGACACUUGUAAUCAUCCUCGUGUAGGCUUAGGUGUUUUCGUUGUUCGUGAUAAUAAAUUUCUCCUUGGAAAGCGAAAAGGAGCUCAUGGCGCCGGAACUUGGCAACUUCCUGGAGGAAGCUUGGAAUUUGGUGAAUCAUUCGAAGAUUGUGCAGGACGCGAAGUGUUAGAAGAGACAAGUCUUAAGAUAAAGAAUAUUACAUUUCAAGCAGUAACGAAUGAUCCAAUGCCUAAUGAAAAUAAACAUUAUGUAGAUAUUUUUAUGAGGGCUGAAGUAGUAGAUGGAAAUGUAGAACCUGUGGUGAUGGAACCACUUAAAUGCGAAUGCUGGAAAUGGGUAACCUGGGAUGAAUUCAUUAAAGGUGGGGUUAACGGCGUAUUUGAAGAUAAAUUGGUGAAUAAAUAUAGACCAAUGUUUCAACCAAUGGAAACCUUAUUAAAUAAAACCCCAACUAUGAAUCUGUUUGUUAAUUUAUAG